AUGUCCUUUCGAGCAUCGCACGAGGCGGGGCGCCGCGCCAGCCGGGGGACGUCAGGGUCCCAUCUUCGCGAUGCGGGACCCCACGCGCUCGUCCGCCUGCCCACGCCCCAACUUGCCCACACAAAUCAUCCAGCGUCGCCAGCUGCUCCCCAGAUGCCUGGAGCGUGGACUACAGAGACUAAGCCCUCAGGGACGCCGCCCCUCGCCCAGCUGCGCGGCUUUGCAUCCAGGAACGCGUUCGCAGCGCAGCCCGGGGUGGCGCCGCUGCGACCCCACGCCACGGCGGGAUAG